AUGGCGGCUUCCUCAGCGGAAAAAAGAGGCGUAACACCAGGGGCUUGGUCUUCUGGGCUGCUGGAAUGCCACAAAGACGGCAAGACAUGUCUCUGCGCGUUGUGCUGCCCCUGCGUUCUCGCUGGCCGCAUCGCUGAAAUCUCAACAGACGGCUUCACAGACGCCACCUUUGCGUGCUGCUGCUGGGCAUUGAUCCAGUACUUCACGGUCGGGAUGUGCGGCUGCCUGUACUCCAAAGGCUUCCGUGGCAUGCUGAGGGAUAAGUAUGGCCUGCCCAGCAGGCCCUGCGUGGACGCUGCAGUACACCUCUUCUGCCCCUGCUGUGCAUUUGCUCAGGAGUACCGAGAACUCAAAGCCAGGGGUUGGGACCCACGUCUAGGUUACACAGGAAAUGUCCUCAACUUCAGUGCUCCAAAUCCCCACGAUUCCAAGGUUCCCUACCAACGUUUCUGCCUGAGCGGCGGAGGAAGCAUCCGCCUUCAAGCCUUCGUUGCAAGCACACUCAUUUGCAAGGCUGUCUGCCACGGGUUGCAUGAAAGCUUACGCAAGACUGACCUCUUCGCGUGGAAUCUUUCCAUGGAUGGCCUCCCUGAAUGGAUAGCCUUUGACGGCAUAAUCAGGGAUAAGGAUUUUACUAAUGCUGGAGACAUCAUCACACCAGGACCACCUCCAUCGUCCUGCCAUUUGCAUACUUCAUCUCUGACAGGCGCUGGUGUUCAUCCUUCUUCAAUAAAUAUUACGGGUGUUGCCAAACCUUACUCGUCCGAGAACCAUGGACGUCAUGUGAAUCACGCAAGGCGGAAGGCAAUCCUAAGAGGAAAUGGUCGUGCUGGCUUUCUGGUCGUUGCCAAUGACCGUGAUGAGGAACGAAACAUGGCUACUGAUCCUAUAUGCUUCUCCGAGUCAUCACCUAAACAAGAGCCUUCACUUCCUCCCUUUAAAGGCAGCCAGUUGUCUGAUACGUGGCUUCAUUCCGGAGGACUGCAGAAAGACGACCUCCUUCACCCAGGAGGGGAAAUGAUUGCAGAUGGAAGAAAGGUCCAAUUUCAGCAGCAGGAGAAUAACUGGCAGUAUUGUGGUCAUUCUUUACUGCCUUACUCAAAGCAUCACCAACACUCUGGUUGGCCUGCAAGUAACAUACCUUCGAAUGAGAGCUCUUCCUCCCAACCUCAUGAGCAUACAGCACAGGAUAUGCUGUCCUGCACUGCGUCCCUUGACUCUGCUCAACUUGCUGCUCAAGGAAAAUCUCUUUUUCAUUUUUUAGAAGACAAAUCUGCUGCUUAUGCUGGAAUUGGAAGCACUCUUCCCGAGCACCAGGUGGAGCAGGCAGUGGCACAGUAUGGUGCACAGCCAGCAUUGGAGCGAGUUAGCUCGGCCCCUGUUCCCAUCCUUCAACAAGGCUUCCAUGGACAUGCUUUUGAGGACUUUGACGAUGGAUUUGCUGCAGGUUUAUGGUCCAGCCAUCCUCAGCAGGGAAUCAUAAUGGAUUCUAUGCAGGUUGAUGGGUGUCAGAAUGAAGCUGGUCACGAAUCGGAGUUGUUAGCUAUUGCUGCUCUACCUGGGUCCAGCUAUAUGGCUAUGGUGACAGGAGAAAAGGACAUUCGGGAUGCUGAUUGUACUCACUUGGGAGCGCAAUUACCGCCGUCUGAUGGCAAGAGCAGUGUUGUUGCUGGAGGUGGGGGUGAUGAUGACGACCCGAAGAAGACUGAAGCGGAGCCUGAAGCCAAGUCUGUACCGAAUAUGUCGUUCAUUCUUGAGGCUGCACAAGAGUUACUGAUGGAGGUCUGCCGUUGCCCAACACCAUCUCGCAAGUGGAGACGAAGGCAUGAUGGCAGCAGUUUUGGAGAUGGUACCGGUCAAAGGCCAUCACCAGUGUCAUCGUCUGUCUGUGGUGUGAGUGGAGAAGGACAGCUGCAGACUAUCCCUAUCGGUGGUACAAGAGAGCAGGCACAAAGGCUUCGAGCCCUCCUUGUGGAUGUGGAGAAGUCAUAUGGAAAGUACAAGGAGCAGAAUACCGCCUUAGCUGCUGCAUUCGAUGCUGCCACUGGAACAGAAGCUGGAGAAGCUUCCACGACGCGCGACACUGCCGCGCGUCAAAUUGGAGAGUUAGCCAGCCUCCACAGAGCAGAUUUGCAUCCUCUCAUUCGGCGUGUGAAGAGGUUGCUGAAGAGCAGCAAGUGGGACACGCGUGUGGCUGCAGCCAAGGCGUUAGGGUACAUAGCUCGGAACACUCCACAUGCCACAGUGCAGGAACUGCAGAUUGCUGCUGCUACUGUAUCUGGUGACGAUGGAGCAAUAGCAGCACGGAAUGACACUGCUUCUGCAACCCCUGAUGGCGAAAGUGCUGCACCAGCUGCUGCAAAAACUACUGCUGCUGGUGGCGGCUUGCGCUUCAAGGGCUUUGACAUUGGUCGUGUGUUGGACAAUGGAGCACCACUUGUGGCAUCAGCUGGCAAGGAAUAUGAUAUUGCAGCAAUUGGGCGAGGGGGGAAGGAGGCGAUUGCCAAGCAAAAGCAAUCCCUACGACGGAGGCUAGGUCUAGACGAGUGUGAGCGAUUCAUGGAUGUAAGCGAUAUUAUCAGAGACGAGGAUCUGGAAGCACCGGCGCAAGAAACAGCACCAUCAGCAACAGGUUCAUCAAACCCUGCUCCAGCAGCUGACAGCAAGCAGAAGCAGAGGCGAGAAGCUACGGCUGGAAUAAAGCGUGGAGCGCAGGAUCUAAUGGCUGAGAUGCUGCCAAGUGGCAGUGGUCCGGGAGUUGGUGAUAGUAGCUGUGCUGCUGGUAGUGUAUCACCCGCUUUGUCGAAGUCCCUCAGUGCGAGGGAGAAAAACAUGCUGAAGCGGAAGGCAAAGAGCAUGAGCAAGGACGGGGGGAAGAGAGGAGGAGGGGCACAUGGUGGGGUGGGGGAGGUGGAUGAGGAUGAGGAUGGAGGGGAAGGGGAGCGGGGAGGCAGGAAAAAGAUGCGGACAAAGAGUGUGGUUUCAGAUGGGAAGGAGGACAAUAAGCCCUUCAAAGUGCCCUCUUUCACUAUUAGUUUUACCCCUCCUUUCCACCGCUCCUGCCCGCCACCUGCCCAUCAGAUCACAAUAGAGCAGGUGGCAGCAGAGGGGGAUGACUGGGAGGAAGAGGAGGAGGAGGAGGGGGAAUGGCCCUUGCAGGCGCUUUGUGAACAACUGCUCACAGACAUGUUUCACCCAGUGUGGGAGGUACGUCACGGCAGUAUUCUUGCCCUCAGGGAGGUUAUGUCCGCGCAUGGGAACAGUGCUGCAGUCUGCCGCCCAAUAGUUCCUUCUAAGUGGGCCAGUGCCAACGGGAAGGAGGAGAGGGAAGAUGGGAAGGGGAAGAUGGAGCUAGAAGUGGUGAAGGAGGGCGAUGAUGGCAAGACUGUGCCAGAAAAGAGGGAGCUGGAUGUGGCUUUGGUCAAGGCGCCGAUGGUGAGGUCGGAAAAGGAGGAAGAAGGGGUUAAUGAGGAAAUGGAGGGAGUGAAUAGUCAGGGUAUUGAAAAAGAAGAAUGUGGGGAGUUAGGAUUGGGGGGCGUGAAGCGGGAAGUAGGACAAGAAGAGUUUUUGAGUAAGCGAAUGGUAGCAGUGAAGAGGGAGAUUGAGGCGGAGACUUGUCCAAAGACAGAGGUGAAAGAGGAGGCAAAGUGUGAAGAGGACAGUAUGAAAACGAGAGCAAAGGAAGAAGUGAAAGUAGAGGAUGCGAUGGAAGUGAUGGAGGGGCGGCUGGAGGGCGUAAAGAGGGAAGCAAAGGCAGAGACAAAGGAAGGGAGUGGAGGCUGGCUAGGCCUCUCCAUGGCCUCUGAGACGUCUAAAGGAAAGCUUGCUGCUAUUGUUGGGGUGUGUGUGAAGGAGGAGGCAGGAGAAGGGGACAGGAAGGGGGAGGAGGAUAACCGAGUUGAACGAUCUGGAUUUGACUUGAACGAAUUGAUGGUCUGUAAAGUGGAGGACACUGAAGCGAGUGCAACGAAUCAAGAGGGCGUCUCUAACCAAAAUUCUGGAGGGAGGGCGCGUAUGGGCUUGGACUUACAUCUUUCUGAUGGCUUGCAAUCAGAAGAGAUGGGAGAGGGGUCGGUACGAAGUUUGGCGAAUGAAGGGAGUAUUAAGGGGAGUAAGGUAGAAGCCAACACGGAUGGGAGUGAAGAGAAGAGCAAGCAUGAGGGAUGUGAAAAAUCUGUAGGAAAGGGGUUGGACUUGAACAUGGAAGUUUUUGAGGAAGCUAGUGAGAUGAAACCUGUGGACGAGGGGGAAGUGGCAGAGGAGAAGAAAGGAGAAGAGAAGGAGAGUGCGCUGGUGGUAGCACAACCUGUGGGGCUGGCGGAGAAAGGUGCAAUGCCGACAAUGGAAUCUGCAGGGAAGGCACAAGGACUUUGUGCCACAUCAGGUGGGGCGACGCCAUGGGUGUCUCACGUCACCCCUUUUACCCCGGGUCCCCUCUGUGCCGUUAGGUUGGAAGACUUUGUGUCGGACCAGGUGGUGGCACCGGUGCGGGAGGCGUGUGGACAGGCGCUGGGAGUGGUGCUCAAAUACCUGCCCUCCAGGGCUGUUGCACGCACACUUGAUGUGCUGCUGCAAAUGCAGAACCGAUCAGAGUGGGAAGUGCGGCACGGUGCCCUGCUUGGCAUCAAGUAUCUUAUUGCAGUGCGCCAGGAGCUACUGCCCUCCCUGCUGCCCUCGCUCCUCCCCGCCUGCAUCCGCGCUCUGCAAGACUCAGACGAUGAUGUGCGAGCUGUGGCUGCAGAGGCGCUGCUGCCAGCUGCUAAGACCGUGGGGGAGGGCGUGGACGAAAGUGAAUUAAGGCAGCUGAUGCGACUGCUGUGGGGGAUUUUAUCCGAACUUGAUGACCUCAGCCCGUCCACUAGCAGUGUCAUGACCCUCCUUGCUGAGCUGCAUGCCCUUCCUCGAGUUGCAGCGCUCUGGUCCAUCUCUCCACCUGCUGGUGCUUCAGCUGAUGCUAAGCCUGCUGCUGCUGUUGCAGCUGCUGCUGGUAUGGCUGUUGCUGCUUCUGCUGGUGGUCAUGGGAAGCGCGAUGAGGAGUUGGGGGAAGAUGAUGACCUCGACGACGAGGAAGAGGAGGGAAAUACAGUUUUAGAUGGGAGUCGUCCAAAGCGCAGCAAAGAUGUUGCUGCCAUCGCUGCUGUCGUUGGUGCUGGAAAGGACUCUUUGCCGCCCUUAGUGGUUCUCGUCCGUCGAUUAUGGCCGUUGAUGCGUCACACCAUCUCUGCUGUCCGACUUGCUGCUGUUUCCACUCUCGAGAGGCUCCUCCAAUCGAAUGGCACCUCGUCAGCAGAUUCCAGCUCAGCAUCACCCUGGGUGGCUGACGUGUUCCAGGACGCUCUGGCAUGUGUUCUCCGCAAUCUAAUUCUGGAGACCCACCCCACGGCCCUCGCUGUCUCCCGCCGUGUCUGGCCUCUGCUCUUGCGACAGCUAGAAGUCGGAGUCGCUCCGUUGAUAUCCCUUCUGGGGUCCGUGGCUGCCACACAGAAGCAGGUUGGUGCUUUGAUCAUUGCUGCUUGGUUCAGGGAGCUUGAGAGACGGGAGGUGGGGGAAUCAAAGGAGGAUAAAUCGGACAAGCAGGAAGCAUUGCAAAAGCCGAAUCAACAGCAGCAGCAUUCGUUUGCCCUUGGCUCUCUCCCAGGUCUCUCUUCAGUACGAUCAUCUCCCCCUGUUGCAAAACUGCUAACCCAUGUGAUGGCUCUCCUCUCUUCUCCCGAUGCUGGCCAAAGCUAUGAAGAGCUCUCACGAACCUACAACAAGCUCCGAGCCGAAGCUAGUGCUUUGAUCAGCCAUGCCAAAGCUGUAGGGUUAGCACCAGACACGAUUAGUGCGGCCCUUACACGAGCCGGCUGUUUUGGCUCGGCAGUUGCUCUAGAUAGCAGUACAGCAGGAGAAGCGAGAGGAACGGGAGGAACGAAAGGAGCAGUUGUGGAAGGACGAGGAGGGGAGGGGACUCAAUUUGACAGACUGAGUCCUGAGGGCGCGUUAGAACUGGCAGGGGCUUUGGCUGGGCUGGCUGGGACAGAGACAGGGGAGGUGGAGAACAGGGAUGCACCUGGUGGUGAGCCGCAGCAACAGCAAGGCACGAGCGAUUUGAUGGAAGGCUGCAGGCGGAGAUUGCUGUCUACUGCCACUUACCUUAAAACUGUUCAGGCCAACAUGCACACAUCCGUCACAGCAACAGUGGCGGCAGCAGCAGUGCGAGUUGCCCCAACUUUGCCGGCCAAGCUGAACCCCAUCAUACAACCACUCAUGGCCGCACUCAAGCGAGAAAGGGAGGAGCUCCUGCAACAGUGUGUAGCGAGCGGCCUCGCAACCGUGAUUCUGCGCUCCUUGGACCGCCGCCCCUCCCCCAACGACAGGCUUCUCAAGAAUCUAUCCACACUCGCCUGCUCCGACCCCUCUCAGUGCCCACCACCCUGUGAUGCCAAUCGGGAGGCGGAUGACCCACUGGAUCCCACCCUCGCUAUGCCUGCUGCGGCUGGAGUGGGGGGACCAGCUGCAAAAGGAACAGCUGGUGUGACUGUAAAAGGGGACGGGGCAGCAGGGUCGCUGGAAGCCAUGAUUGGCCGCAGAGGAGCCGAGCUGUCUUUUAGAGCCUUGGCGGACAGCCUUGGCCCAGACCUUUUUACGAAGCUGCCGAAGCUGUGGGGUCUCCUCACUGAGGUGUGGAAGCCUGGAGAGUCAGCGGGAGGUGGUAGCACAGGGGAGUGCGAUGAGGGAGAGCUGUUCCAAGCAGAUCCACUGGCACUAGUCAACACCUUUCAACUCAUCCGGUGCCUAGCGCUUGUCCUCCACACAUCCCUGAUCCCUCAACUGCUCCUCCUCCUUCCCCCAGUACUCUGUUGCACUCGCCACCCCCAUGCUGCUGUCCGAUUUGCCUCAGCCCAGUGCCUGUCAGCCCUUGUGUCUCUCCCUUCCGCAGAGCAAACUGUUCUCUCUGCAAUUCUCACUCAUGUCAUUCCCCAGCUCACCAACACACUCUCCGAACCUGCCCGUCGUGGUGCAGCAAGUGUUGUUUCCUCGUUAGUCAACACCCAAGGCGAGAUGCUAGCACCAUACGCUGCACUCCUAGUCGUCCCCCUCCUAGCUCGGAUGUCCGACCCUAGUCCGCAGGUGCGGCAGCUGGUCACACAGAGCUUUGCCAGGCUCGUACCUCUACUGCCGCUUGCUCGAGGGCUGCCUUUACCAGCGUUUUUGGACAAGGAAGGUGCGAGGAAGGCCCGGGAGGAUACAAGGUUCCUGGAGCAGCUUCUGGAUAACCGCAAGGCGGAUGAUUACCAGCUACAAGUGAAGCUGUCGGUGACUCUGAGAAGGUACCAGCAGGAGGGUGUCAACUGGUUGGCCUUUCUGCGCCGCUUUCACCUGCAUGGGGUGCUCUGCGACGACAUGGGACUGGGCAAGACCCUCCAGGCCUCCUCCAUGCUCGCCUCAGACACGAUCGAGCGCCAAGCUGCUGCCCGUGCAGCUGCUAGUGGGCCGACUUCUGCUGGUGAUCGUGCUGCACCUGGUGCUUCUGGAUUUGGAAUUGCGCCCACGCCUCUCCUCCCGUCUCUCAUCGUUUGCCCACCUACACUUGUUGCUCACUGGGUCUAUGAGAUGGAGAAAUACAUUCCUCCUGGGAUCCUCUUCCCACUGCAGUACGCAGGCAGCGUUGCCGACCGGCAGAGGAUGCGGGGGCAGCUGAGAAAGCACAACCUGGUGGUAACGUCGUAUGAGGUGUUACGGAGCGACAUUGAUGAGCUGGCAGCGAUCACGUGGCGGUACUGUGUGCUGGACGAGGGGCAUCUGAUCAAGGGCGCCAAGACGCGGCUGUCGCAGGCGGUGAGGCGGAUCAAGGCGGAGCAUCGGCUGCUGCUGACGGGCACUCCCAUUCAGAACAACGUCCUGGAGCUCUGGGCGCUCUUUGACUUCCUCAUGCCAGGCUUCCUAGGGACUGAGAAACAGUUUCAGGCGCGGUAUGGCAAGCCCCUACAGGCCGCACGAGACCCCAAGUGCACUGCCAAGCAGGCAGAGGCAGGCGCUCUGGCCAUGGAGGCCCUUCACCGCCAGGUGAUGCCAUUCAUUCUGCGCCGCACCAAGGAGCAGGUGCUCUCAGACCUGCCGCCCAAAAUCAUCACCGACCGUUACUGCCAGCUCAGCACGCUCCAGCGACUACUGUACGCUGAUUUCUCUAAGUCCCAUGCGUCAGAGGAGGUGGUGACAGCAGUAACAGCGGCAGAUAGGGGAGCAGAUGGAAGCGGCGAGGAGCAAGCUUCAACGCAUGUGUUCCAAGCACUGCAGUAUUCCCUGUCAUCUCAAAUUCCCCUCCUGGAUGUCUGCUUGCCCCCAUCCCCCUUACAGUCAUUUCUUGAUAUUGUGGAGGAGGACCUCUUCAAGAAGCACAUGCCUGGUGUGUCCUAUCUGCGCAUUGACGGCUCGGUGGAGCCGUCGCGUCGUUUUGACAUAGUCAAGGCCUUCAACUCAGACCCAACGAUUGAUGUGCUGCUCCUUACAACCCAUGUCGGUGGCUUGGGGCUCAACCUAACAGCAGCGGACACUGUGGUGUUCUUGGAGCAUGACUGGAACCCCAUGCGAGAUCUGCAGGCCAUGGAUCGAGCCCAUCGCCUGGGGCAGAGGAGGACGGUGAACGUGCACAGAGUGAUAAUGGCGGGCACGCUGGAGGAGAAGGUGAUGGGGCUGCAGCGCUUCAAGCUCUCCAUAGCCAAUGCGGUGGUCAAUGCUGACAACGCCAGCCUCAAAUCGAUGGACACAUCGCAGCUCUUAGACCUCUUCAAUGCUGGCCCCCCUGCUGCCAGUGCUGAUGCUAAGAAACCAGCAGACUCAUCUUCAGAUGCAGCUGUGGCAGCAGCUGGAGGAGGGAAGGGGCUGAAAGCUGUGCUUACAGGCUUGGAAGAUCUCUGGGAUGAGUCGCACCUACCCUACUGUGUGAAGUGCACCAUUCCGCCUCUCCAAUCUUUCCCCCAGCCGUUCCUGCAAACUAUUGGGGCCUUCCUCCCUGAUCCUGUCGCCUUCCCCCCUGCGCUGCACGGCUCUCGGAGCGCCCUCAGGGCUUACGUCAGCAUGAAGACGAUCUUAGCGUCCGAGACGAUGGACAUUCCUAAGGACGUGAAGCUGGAGAUUAAGGCGAAGAAGGUCCGCGUGACUGGGCCACGUGGCAAGCUGUUUAGGGACUUCCGUCAUCUGAACCUCGAUUUCCAAAUCAUUGAGAACGGGACGAAGCUCAAGGUCGAUGCGUGGUUCGGCACGCGCAAGACGAUGGCGUCGAUUAGAACGGCCAUCAGCCACGUGCAGAAUCUGAUCAAGGGCGUGACGGUGGGCUUUAAGUACAAGAUGCGCCUGGUGUACGCUCACUUCCCCAUCAACUCGAGCAUCAGCGGCUCCGCCGACAGCAUCGAGAUCCGAAACUUCCUGGGCGAGAAGAAGGUGCGCAAGGUGGCGAUGCUGGAGGGCGUGACGAUAACGCGGUCGGAGAAGGUGAAGGACGAGCUCAUCCUCGAGGGCAACGACAUCGAGCUCGUCUCCCGCUCCGCCGCGCUCAUCAACCAGGUGUGCCAUGUGAAGAAGAAGGACAUUCGGAAGUUCCUGGACGGCAUCUAUGUGAGCGAGAAGGGCAACCCGAGCGCGAUGGCGACUGCUCGCAUCGCCGUGCUGACGGCGGUUUUUUCGCGGAAGCUGAGCGCGCAGGUGGACAAGGCGGUGCCGUGCGACGCGCGCGACGCGCUGCUCGUCGACGCGCGCGUCCAUGAGCACGCAGCGCCGGACGACGCUGCCGCGUGCUCAUCGCGAGCGCUGCACGUGAGCUCCAAAGCGGUGGCUCACCCUCGCGUGGUUCUGCCUCGGCCGUCGUCGUCCCUUGUGGCGGUCUGCAAGACGGACCCUCGCGCCAUAGUGGCCACUCUUGGAACUCCCGCCGCCGGCGGCAUGCGCGAGGCGCACCACGCCUUGCCGGCGAAUGGAGCCGCUCACUUACCUCCCCCCAACGGCGUCGCGCCUCUCUCGCACGAUUCAAGCGGCGCGUCGAGCCGGUUCGAUCAGCGCGCGCGGUGGACGAAGCGGAAGAGCCGGCAGACGCCGCGGCAGGCGGCGUGGACGGCGGAGCAGGUGCGCGAGAGGGAGCGGCGGAUCGUGGAGGAGGUGGCGCGCGUGCCGGAGGGGCGGAGCGUGGCGGCCGUGCUGGACGCGUGGGCGGGGCGCACGACGCGCGUGGAGAUGUCGAGCGUCGUGAAGGAGCUCGGCGCGCAGCGCAAGGCGCGGCGGUCGCUGGAGGUGUUCGAGUGGAUGGACGCGCAGCGCGGGCGGAUGCGCCCCAACGGGCACACGUACACGCUCAUGCUCGGCAUCCUCGGCAGGGCGGGCAUGGUGGAGGAGGCGGAGGAGCUGUUCGCGCGGUUCCGCGCGGCGGCGUUCCGCGACAAGGUGCACGGCUUCAAUGCCAUGCUGCACGCCUGGCUCUCGCACGGCCACCCGCAUCGCGCCUGGGAGCUCUUCCACCUCAUGCAGCAACAACAGCAGCAGCAACAGCAGCAACAACAAGAAUUGACCGCCAAUGGCGGUGCCAGCGCGUCAAUCCCCACCGCCGGUCCCCUCGACUCCUCACCCCGCAAGUCCCCCACCCACGUCGCGUCAGAUGCGUCCCCCCCUCCCGUCCCUCCCACUUCUCACUCGUCCUCUGCCCCAUCCGCCGCCUGCGCCACCCCCGACCACUCGUCGCAGCCGUCGCAAGCGCCUGCUGCGCGCAGCGACGGCCGCGGCGACGGAGACGUCGACGGCGAUGGGGCCGGCGCGGCGAGCUGGGGUCCGCCGCCGGCGCCGGACGCGGUGACGUACAACACGAUGCUGAGCGCGGGGCUGGCGGGCGCUGGCACGGCGGGCAGGGGGAGGGCCAAGGGGCGGGGGAGAGGCAAAGGCGCGGGCAGCAGGGGGGGAGGGGCGAGCAGCGUCGGAAGGGGCAGCAGCGCAGGUCGGCAGGCUCUGGCGCUGUACGGCGAGAUGAAGGCGAGCGGCGUGCGGCCCACGGCGCGCACGUUCAACAUCCUCGUGUCGCUGCUCGGCCACCACGGCCUCGUCGCCCAGGUGAGCCUCGUCGCCCAGGUGAGCCUCGUCGCUCAGGUGAGCCUCGUCGCCCAGGCGGAGGGGGUGGUGGCGGAGAUGAGGAGGGAGGGGGUGGAGGCGGAUGCGCACACAGUGAGCGCGGUGAUGACCAUGUACACCCGCGCUGACCGCCCUGACGACGCCAUCCGGACGUACGAGAGGGCGGUGGCAGCGGGGGUGCGCCCCUCACGGGCCAUGUUCACGGCGCUCAUGGCGGCGCUCACAGCCGCCGGCCGCCCUGCAGACGCUGCCGCCGCCUUUGACGCCAUGCUGCAGGCGGGCCUCACUGCUGACGUGGCGGCGUGCGGGGCGCUGCUGAGGGCGCUGGCAGAGGCGGGGGAGGCGGAGCGGGCGGAGGCGGAGCUGCAGGCCAUGCCGGCGCGGCACGGCGUGCAGCCCAACGCCAUCGCGUACUCCGCUGUCGUCAUGGCCUAUGGCAGGCAGGGCAUGUGGGAGGAGGCAGCACGGGUGUUUGAGGGGAUGCUGAGCGCAGGGUGUGAGGCGGACCUGCAGGCGUUCAACAUCCUCAUGGCCGCCUACGGGCUGCAGGGCCUCUCCCUGCCCGCCGCGCAGCUCUUCCGCCGCCUGCAGGCGCACGGGCUGCGCCCCGACGCCGUCACAUACAACACGCUCAUCCACGCGCUCUCCAAGGCCGGCCUGCCCGGCGCAGCCCUGCGCGCACUGGAGCACAUGCGGCAGGGCGGGUGCGAGCCCGACCACGUGACGCGCUGCCUGGUGGCGCGCAUCCUGCACGAGGCCGGCCGCCAUACCGAUGCCGAACACAUGCUGCGCCCGCCCCCCCCACCCCUUGCGGUGCCCUCGCAGCGGUAG